AUGGAAUUGGCCGCCAUGGCCUCGGCAGAAGCGUCGCCCGUCGACCGCAAAGGCAAGGCCACCAAACGUUCUUCCAAUUCUUACACGAGCGAAGAGUGGCGACGACACCGACCCUUGAUCACCCAGCUGUAUUUCGAAGAAGGCCGCACGCUCAAGGAUGUGGCUGAAUACUUGAAGAAAGAAUUCGAUUUUGCUCCCACCGAGCGUAUGUACAAAAGUCGCCUUCACACAUGGGGGCUGGACAAAAAGAAAAAGGAGCAUGAAAUGCUGGAUCUAGUCCGUCAAGGGUUACAACAAAAGGGCGAGGACAAGGAUAAAGUCUUUCUCGUGCGAGGGAGACAGGUGACCCUCGCCGACGCCUUGCACUACUUCAACCGUAAAGGCAUCAAAGAUCCUUCCAGCUUGCUAGAACCUCAGGCCGAUGGCUCCGGAGAACUAUCAUCUCCUGAAGAUCCGGAUGCCAAAACACCCCUCUCUUUCGACGACGAUAUGCUGGACAUGCCUCAAGACGCCUCUGACUACGAACUCACCCGGAGUCCUCUAGAGAUGGACGGCCACGACAAAUCAACCCUAUCUUUAGCACUCAAGCCAUCCGAUGUAGCUGAGAGACGCCUGGCCUCGUUACAGCAAGCAUUGAAUAUACCUCAUCUGCCACCCAUGCCACCGUUCAGAACGUUGGCGGUUGAGUCGACCGUGGUGCAGCCGCCCAAUCUGUCGCAAGCAGACCAACGUUAUCUGGACCUCAUCUUCCAGAACAUGCAGAAACAUUACAUGAACCUAUUCACCGCCCGAAACUUGUCGAUCCGCAAUACCACGGGGACAUGGACCGCCACUUCCGACGACGCUCUUGCCGAUCGCUUUUAUUAUUCAAUGUACCAUGGCUAUUCAUUUCUGUGGAACGGCCAAAGGGACCGAGCCUUUGACAACUUCUACAAAGCCUUCGCUUUGGUCGAAGGCUUACUGAAAGAUGAUCAUGUCGGCUUCAUAAUCUACAUCUUCGACUUGAUCAUCCGGCAUGAUGGUACCGGCUACGAAGAGCCACUACUGAUGCUGCUACAACAUCUCGCCGACAUGGCCAAAGCCGUCUUCGAAUCAGAAGAACAUCCAAUCUUUUUAAUCGCAAAUUAUAUGAGUCACGCCACGACGUCGCGAGCAUGGUUGGCGGAAUCCACCUUACGGAGGUUGCUCGACUUUUUCCAGGACAGUAUAGGGUAUUUUCACCCUGAAACCAUUGCGCUGUUACAAACAUUCGCGACCGGCUUGAUGAAUCGCCAGAGGUAUGCGGAAGCUGCGGUGAGGUUCCAGCAACUGGUGGAUGCAUUUGAGACGACCUUGAACAAACAGUGCUACGAAGUGUGCUACGCAUUACGUUCCACGUCCGAAGCAUAUUUCCACAUGGAGCAAUAUCAGCAGUCGCUGCAGGCCUUGAAAGCCGCACUCGAAAGGGCAGAGACACUGCCUCGACCGGAAGAACGGGAAAUAUACGUCCGAUGUCUAAGAGGAAUGGCCGAGAUAUGCAAUAAACUGGGACGGCGAGAGGAGGCUGUUGAGACAAUGCAGCAGGUCGUUGAUAUUUGUCGAGAUGCAUUCGGUCCUGAACAUCCAUUCACCAACCGUGCCAGGAUGCACCUCAAAUCCAUAUCAAAAGGCGACGUUAUGAGCGAUGCAGCCAUUCCACCCAUGGUCUACCGUUUAGGUCGUGGAGGAAGUGCUGCCAAGUACAUCUGGAUUUCAAGGUCAAGCCCAACAAGACUGCAAGCUUGA